AUGGCGCUGCAGGCGCUGCAGAGCUCGGGGGUGGCCUUCCGCAAGAUCCUGUCUCACUUCCCCGAGGAGCUGAGCCUGGCGUUCGCCUAUGGCUCGGGGGUGUUCCGCCAGGCGGGGCCCAGCUCCAACCUGAAGACAGCCAUGCUGGACUUUGUGUUCACAGUAGAUGACCCUAUUGCGUGGCAUUCCAAGAACCUAAAGAAAAAUCGGAGCCAUUACUCUUUCCUAAAGGUUUUGGGGCCCAAGGUUAUCACCACUGUCCAGAAUAACUACGGCGCUGGAGUUUACUACAAUCCGUUGAUCAUGUGUGAUAAUCGGCUUAUCAAAUAUGGGGUUAUAAGCACUAAUAAUCUGAUUGAAGAUCUCCUCUACUGGAAUAACUUAUACAUUGCUGGACGACUCCAAAAACCAGUGAAAAUCAUAGCAAUGAAUGAAAAUGCCACUCUUAGGGCAGCCCUAGAUAAAAAUCUGAGGAGUGCUGUGACUGCUGCUUUCCUCAUGCUUCCCGAAAGCUUUUCUGAAGAAGACCUCUUUAUAAUGAUUGCUGGACUCUCCUAUUCAGGCGACCUUCGGAUGGUAGUUGGAGAGAAUAAGACAAAAGUGAUGGAUAUUGUAAAGCCCAACGUAGCCCACUUUCGUGAGCUGUAUGGCCACAUACUAAAGGAUAAUCCACAAGUGGUGUAUGAAACCCAGCAAAGCAUACUGGAGAUAGAUAAAAGCCCAGAAGGACAGUUCACUCAGCUGUUGGCAUUGCCGAAAACCUUACAGCAAGGAAUACAUAAUAUUAUGGAUCCUCCUGGAAAAAACAGAGAUGUGGAAGAAACUCUUUUCAAACUUGCUCAUGACCCUGACUGCGGAGACGUCGUGCGGCUAGGGCUUUCAGCAAUUGUGAGAGCUUCGAGCCUGAGACAGAGCACCAAAGGCAUUUUCACUGCCGGCAUGAAGAAAUCGGUGGUUUAUAGUUCACGAAAACUGAAUAAAAUGUGGAAAGGAUGGCUGAGGAAAACAUUCUGA